AUGCCUUCGGCCCAUCAAUCGCCAAGCAUUGAGGCUUCCAUAGACUGCCUCAGCCUGGACCUAGGCAGGGUAGCCAUCCCAGCAGAGGCUUGUCUCUUCAGUCUUCUGAGCGAAUGUUUCUCCAAGAUCCGGGCCAUCUUCAACCUGUACGACCCCGACGGCAUCCUUGCCCAGUCUUCUGCCCUGGAGAGGAUUCUGAGCGCCAUCUUCGACACGACCUCUCUCGCCUUCGUCACGGAAAGGACGGUGAGGAUUCUCGCGGGACUCGACGACCACGACAAGUCCUGUCUGUUCGUGCAGGCCGUGGCAGGCAUGACUUUGCUCUUCCGGCGUCUGAGCUCCGUUGGCUCGGUGCUGUCUGAUGCGAUCUUUUCUCGGGAGCUGCAGCGGUUUGCCGAGAGCGAGCACCGACGGUUGAUGCUUGAGAAGAUCGGCGGCAGUUCGCUGUUCAGCUCCUGCUACACCAAAAGCUCCAUCGUCGACUUUGUGAUGGCCGCUAUCGAGGAACAGGAGGUCGUCCGCCGUGACCGCCUGCCUCUAAGCAACGCAGGGGAGGAUCUCUUGAGCGAUGCUGUCGCUUGGGUGAGCGACCGGCCUUGCAAGAACAUGGGGCUGCCGUGGGGUUUCACGAUAAUGACGUUGAACUGA